AUGGAGGAAGGCUACCAAAACCGGACUGCCUUCAUUAAAGGUGCCAAAGACAUUGCCAAAGAGGUCAAGCGGCAAGCCUCUAAGAAGGUUGGGCGCUCAGUGGAUCGGGUGACCGAUGAAUACAGCAAGCGCUCCUACAGUCGCUUUGAAGAGGACGAUGACGACGACUACCCAAGGGAGGGCAGCCAGGAUGGAGGUUACUACCGCGGAGACAGCCAGGCGGCCAAUGAGGACGAGGGCGGCCACAGUGACUCCACAGAGGGUCACGAUGAGGAUGAUGAGAUCUACGAGGGCGAGUACCAAGGAAUCCCCAGGGCUGAGUCGGGCAAAGGCAGCCUGGCUGGUGGGCCGGGCUCCGUGGAUGCCGGCGCUCCGGAGUUCAAAGAUCUCGCGGCGGCCGAGGCCGAGAGGAGGAAGGACCAGGAGGUGCUGGCUCAACAGUACGAGACCAUUUUACAAGAAUGCGGUCACGGGAAGUUCCAGUGGACCCUGUACUUUGUGCUGGGGCUCGCUCUCAUGGCCGAUGGCGUUGAGAUCUUCGUGGUCGGCUUUGUCCUCCCCAGCGCUGAGAAGGAUAUGUGCCUGUCUGAACCUAACAAGAGCAUGCUGGGUCUGAUCGUAUAUUUCGGGAUGAUGGUGGGGGCUUUCCUCUGGGGGGCUCUGGCUGACCGGAUAGGCCGUCGGCAGUCUCUCCUCAUCUCGCUCUCCAUCAACAGCAUCUUCUCCUUCUUCUCCUCCUUCGUCCAGGGCUACAGCACCUUUCUGUUUUGCCGUCUCCUCUCAGGUGUCGGGAUUGGUGGAUCGAUUCCCAUCGUGUUUUCCUACUAUUCCGAAUUCCUGUCCCAAGAAAAGCGCGGCGAGCACCUGAGUUGGCUCUGCAUGUUCUGGAUGAUCGGGGGAAUAUACGCAUCGGCUAUGGCCUGGGCUAUUAUCCCACAUUACGGAUGGAGUUUCCAGAUGGGCUCGGCGUACCAGUUCCAUAGCUGGCGUGUGUUUGUGUUAGUGUGCGCAUUUCCGUCUGUUGCCGCCAUCGCCACCCUCAGCGUGGUGCCAGAGAGCCCACGCUUCUACUUGGAGAACGGCAAACACGACGAGGGCUGGAUGAUUCUGAAGCAAGUUCACGACACAAACAUGAGAGCAAAGGGACACCCAGAGAAGGUGUUCUCUGUCACCACCAUUAAGACGGUGAAACAGAUUGACGAGGUGACGGACACUGGCACCGACACUCCGGUUUGGAAACGCUACAAACUGAAGAUUAUCAGCCUCUCCCAACAGAUCCGGCAAAACAUCCUCGCCUGCUUCAGCCCUGAAUACAAACGGACUACCUUCAUGCUCAUGGCUGUUUGGUUCACCAUGUCUUUCAGCUACUACGGCCUGACGGUGUGGUUCCCAGACAUGAUCAAGUACAUCCAGAAGCAGGAGUAUGAUUUAAAGACAAAGACCUUCACCAAGGAACGAGUGGAGCAUGUCACCUUUAAUUUCACACUGGAAAACCAAGUGCAUAGCCAGGGACACUACUUCAAUGACAAGUUCCUCAACCUGAAAAUGAAAUCCAUGGUGUUUGAAGACUCUGUGUUUGAGGAGUGCUACUUCGAGGACAUCACCUCCACACACACCUUAUUCAAAAACUGCACCUUCAUUGCAAGUUUGUUCUACAACACAGAUUUGUUCAAGUACAGGAUGGAAAACUGCAAAUUGCUCAACAGCACGUUCCUCCACAACAAGGAGGGCUGCAUGCUCGACUUCAGCGACGACUUCAACAAUGCCUACAUGAUAUACUUCGUCAACUUCCUCGGCACACUGGCAGUGUUGCCUGGCAACAUUGUGUCGGCUUUAUUAAUGGACAAAAUUGGUCGUUUACGGAUGUUGGCGGGAUCCAGCGUCAUUUCUUGUAUCAGCUGUUUCUUCCUGAUGUUCGGCAACAGUGAGUCGGGGAUGAUCGCUCUCCUGUGUCUGUUCGGGGGCAUCAGCAUCGCCUCGUGGAACGCCCUGGAUGUGAUCACAGUGGAGCUCUACCCCUCGGAUAAAAGGUGCACAGCGUUUGGCUUCCUGAAUGCUCUCUGCAAGCUGGCGGCCGUCCUGGGAAUCAGCAUUUUCCAGUCAUUCGUCGGCAUCACCAAGGCCGUGCCCAUCAUCUUCGCUGCCGGCGCGCUCGCUGCAGGUAGUUUCCUUGCAACCAAGUUGCCUGAAACGCGAGGCCAAGUGUUGCAGUAA